GCUUUUCUGCUGGACUGCGACUAAUCAUCACUCCACCGCGAAAUCUCUCGCUCAAACUCUUUAACGGCCGUCACCCCUGUGACAAGAGUCCUGAGCCUGUCUCUGCCUUCUCCCUUCUCUCGACUGUUCCCUUAUUCUUAUUGCGUCAUGUUUUGAGUGAUGGACGACACAGAUACCGCGAGAAAUGCUGCGAGCAGAGCGAGCUCUGCAGAAGUGAAGGCCGAGUCACCAGGCGCGACCACCACCGCCGCCACUACCAAGAGCCAGCAGCACCACCACCAACAACAGUCAGCGCCGCCAAAGAGGACUGUAUGCGAUCACUGUCGAAGGAGAAGAAUCCGUUGCGAUGGCAAGUUCCCUUGUGAGCAAUGCGUGCACGCUUCACUCACCUGCAAGCGCGAACAUGUCCCCAAGAAGAGAGGACCGAAGCGUGGCCAUGGACGGGUCAUAAAUGAGUUGCGCGCCAGGGAGUCGUCCCAAGGAAAGCAGCAUUCAAAAGUCCAGAAACCUUUCAAUGCAGAAACUGCGCUCGAGAGUCCUACAGACGUCGACAUUGGGAUGAGCGGUAGCGACCUUGGCGAAGCGACAUCUCAACAUUCGUCCAACGCGUCCGCAGCAUCGACCCCGCCGAGCUUUUGGGCCGCCGUCACCUCGAACCCAGGACACAGCAACGUACCGGAGCCCAGAGGCAUCUUUUCGAGCGAUGAACUACGACCGAGAACGAGGAGCUAUUUCCACAUGAUCCCCCAGCUGGUCGAGCUAUACUACGAGCACAUUUACCCCAUCAUGCCCCUCGUCUACAUGCCGACCGUCCGCGAAACGAUCAACCGACCCAUGACGCCGAGCGAGAAGAACCUGAUCUACGCCCUGUGCGCCUUAACGUCGAUGCACAUGUCUGGUAAAAGCAUCGGUGCUCCUGGACCUACGUCUUGGGAAGUUGUCGGUCGCUUCUUCCUAGACGAAACCAUUUCAACGAGGCAGACGUACGACUUCCUCGAGGAUUUGUCCCUGUCCGCCGUGAUUUCGUCCUUUUACCUGAGCACAUCCUUCUUUGAGAUCAACCAAUCGCGCAAAUCGUGGUACUACCUCCGGGAGGCGUUGACCAACGCACAGGAUCUAGGACUCCAGGACGAUUCAACAUACUACGGGCUGAGUCGCGAGGAAACGCUAUGCCGGCAGAGGGUUUUCUGGAUUCUCUUCGUAACAGAAAGGUCUUUUGCGAUUCUCCGCAAUAAGCCGAUUACGUUCAAGAGAACACCAUCGCUACCAACAACACGGCAUCCCUACGAAGGCCCUGAUAUUCAUGCCGGUUUUCUGCAGCUCGUUUCAUCGUACACCCCUCUGGACGAAUCGUUCGUGACGGCUUGGAAUGAGGGGUCUGAUCCCCGCGUCAGCGCAACAACGUUUUUGGCUCUGCAAAACCUUCUCUCCCUCCCUCCCGCGUUCCUCCGCCCACAUGGGCGCUCAUCACCACCAACCCAGCCUCAUGGACAGCUGAUGGGUUCUUUUGGUUCAACGUCAGCCUCGCGAGAUGCCGGGGCGCCAGAGCCGACAGACAUUCAGAAAGCCGACUUGCUUAUCACACAACAAUGGCUUCGACUAAUUGUGUGGCAGUCGUCGAUGAGACAAGGUCUUUUAAGUUGGACUAACCCGGCCGACUCGGGAGGUGGGGUGUCAUCGGGCAGCGGUGUCGGUGGUGGGAACAGCAUGUGUUUCUCGUUCCCUCUGACGGUCGCACGUGACACAGCCUCGAUUCUGUCAAGCUUGCCCAGCAAAGCUGUCGAGGUUCACGGGAUGGGUAUCAUGGAGAAGAUUUUCGAAAUCGGAACAUGGUGCGUUAAUGUCCUGGGGGCAUGCGAAAGUGUUGGCUUCUCGACGGCGAUGGACUUUACGUCAGGCGAUAUGGGUGUCCUGGGCAGUGGUCGAAAGGGGGCGAGUCUGGAUCCGAUCGAGUUCUUUGUGCGUACGCUGAGUGCGAGCGAUAACUCCCGGAAACAGUUUGCUGAGAAGCUGCUCACCGCUGCCGGCGAGAACCCAGGAAGUAUGCGAACACAACUCAGCCCCGCCAUGUCUGGCAUGAGUUCAGCCGCCGCGGCGAUGAUUGCCGCGGGUCAGGCGCACCACAUGAUGGAGCAAGGCUGGGGACAAGUCGGACAACAAAGAGGGAGCGUUGUGGGUGAAGUGUUCGACGACAACGAGGAGAACAAUAACAACAACCAUCAGCAGCAACAGCAACAACAACAAAGGCUAGACCUCGGCGGUAACUCUAUGCACCAUCCUUCUACUAUACCAAGUAUGGGAUUGGGAAUCGACCUCGGAUCCGACCGCUUGACGGGAGGGAUGGGUGGAGUCGACAUGGACGCGAGCAGUGUCGACCUCAUGAGCCCGCUAGGCCUGACUCGAAGCAACACCUCCGAUAUGGCAGCGAUGGGCAUGCCCGUAUAUGAUACAGCCUGGAGUCCUAGUAGCGGCGGGACGGGGCCGCGAGAAUACCCAGAGCAUAAUCCUGGACCGUAUUCAAAUCAACGUGAAGGGGGUCAAGGCUACCCCGAUAUGGGCAACGGCAUGUUGAUGCAUGACCGGAUGGCUACCGGUACUGGCGGUCCCGUCGGGGGUCCCGUCGGUGGGGAGAAUCCUGGCACGGACCCGCGGCAGCAGCAGCAACAUCAACAGCAACAACAUCAACAGCAACAACAUCAAGGGGAUAAUGGCGGUUAUGACGGACGGAGACCGGAGGACAAGAACGGUGGAUACCCAAAUGGCGGCAGAGUAGGUCUGUGGUUAGGGACAUGAUAAGCCUGUUGCCACGUUGUUCAAUGUUUGACGUUGGACG